CACGUGUACCCUUCAUACCCCGGGGAUAUCCUUGCUUAGUAGAGAUGCCAUUUUAUUUACCUCGAGAACGUUACCGACUCACAGUUUUCGGUUCAUGAGAGAAAGAAAAUAAAACUAGUAUAACGAGAGAGAAAGUUCUAAUAAUCAUUGUAUGUGUUGUUGCUCGAGUCAAACGGUGGCGCAACCGAAUCGAGAAGAGAAAGAAUAGAAUACGCGUAAAGAAGUAAAGAGAAAAAAUAAAGAAAGAAACGUUGAAAAAUAAAAGAGCGAGAGAGAAGGACUGUAUCGGACCUCCCCAUUUGUGUAGCAGCGAUGGCGGUGUUGGUGGUGCCGACAAGAACAUUCUCCCUUCGUCUUGCACUCCCAGAGCUCUCCCCUCGCGAGUGAUAUAUUUUAAGAAUGGAGUAGACUUUUUAAAUGCCAUGAAAAUUAAAAAAAAUAUGUAUAAUCAACCGUCAGUUCGUUCGUCGCAGUCCUGGCAUCCUUAUCAAUUAAAGAUUAACAAUCGACGAAAGAUGAGUUCGAGUACUUGUUAUAAAUGCCACCGAAUGGGUCACUUCGCGCGGGAAUGCCCCCAGGGUAAUACCGGCGGACCAAGAGGAGAUCGUGGUGGACGCGGUGACAGAGACGGCGGAUUUGUACGAGGCCGUGAAAAGUGCUUCAAGUGUAACCAAUUUGGCCACUUUGCCCGUGAUUGUAAAGAAGAUCAAGAACUCUGUUACCGUUGCAGUGGUGUAGGACACAUCGCAAAAGAUUGCCAACAGGGACCCGAUCUAAACUGUUACAUUUGCAACAAACAAGGUCAUAUGGCCCGUAGUUGCCCAGAGGGUGGCAAUGAUUCCGGACGUUUUGCUCAGAAUUGCUACAACUGCAAUAAAGUAGGACACAUUGCACGUAAUUGUACCGAAGGAGGCGGAAAAAUUUGCUACAUUUGUGGCAAAAGCGGUCACAUAAGCCGUGAAUGUGACCAAGAUGACAGAAAGUAGGAGACAACAGUAAUCACUGGCGCUCGCUUAACGAUUGCGAUUGGCCGUUUAGCGUGGUGCACAACGCCUACAUCGAGAAUUGUAUCUAGGUAGAGGAUAAUUCUGUUGAAACAAUUUUAUAAUGUCAGCUACAGUUAAAGCGAUUUGAUUAUGCGUAAAUAAUAAGUCUUUUUUUUUAUAUAUAUACACAUUGUUUCGUAGCAAUUAAUCUCUACUGAUGCGUCAAGUCUCGGUUGUCCAAUACACCACAAUAAUCUCCUAUUAUAAUCCCACUCCUAAAAUUAUUCCUUGACUCCUCAAUAAAUAUUCCUCUCUGUUUCCUUUUUUAUUCAAAUUCGAUUCCCUUUUAUAAAUUAUACCCGGAGUUGUUCUCUUCGUUAAAAAAAUAAAAAGAGGCUUAACAUUUUUUUUUGACAAUGAUGCUUCGAAGUUUUUAAUUGUUACACCGAUCACUUGCGCCUGCGCGCAACGACAUGGACACUUAUUAUUAAUAUUAUAAUUAUAUACUUGUGAGGAUGAAGAAAGUUUGAUGAUGAUGAUGAUAAUGAUGAUGAUACUGAAGAUUAUGGCACUCGAGACGAAAGAUAAAAUAUUUAACUAAAACUAACAACAUACAGACACACAACACUAAUAUUUAAAUGUAAUAAUAAUAAUAACAUACAAAAAAAAAAGAACGAAAGAAUACGAACAUUUGGUUGAUCAAAUAACGCGUAGGUAUGAAUCCUCAACUCCUAUUUUUACCUUCAGACUGUCUCGUAAUCGCAUAUAGUUGCGAUGCAAGGUGUAUGGAUUUUUUUUUUCGUGUUGACCACAAUUUCAAAGUGAAAAGUUGAAGAAAACGAAUGAAAAAUUGAUGAGAUAAAAAAAAAAUUACUGAUAAUUGUAUUGUACAUUAAUUAUUAUUAUUAUUAUUAUUAUAUCAUAAAAAGGUUUUUUUUUUAUUGUAAACCGAGAAUAUUAUAUUCACGGUCGAUCAUGAAUAUUUUUUUGUUUUAAUUUAAUGGUGAUUAUAUGGUUGGAACAUAAAAAAAUUUUUUCUUGUAUAAAAUGAAGACUGAAUUGAACAGGCUUUUAAUUUUCUUUUUCUUAAGUAAAUGAGAGUUACAAAUGGGUAAAUAGUUGUUGUUAUUGAUGAUUUAUAUUUCUCUUUCCGAUAUCCACACAUCUUGUAUCUGGUCCUCCCUUUCGAGCUCUCCCUAAUUUAAUCAAAGGUUAUUGAUUAAUAAAUAAAUAUUAAUAAUUAUCAUUUCCGCGCCCAAGUAAUAAUUAUUAAAUUACGAAUUGAAAAAAUUUUAAUAAAAAAAGAAAAAGUUGAGAGCAUUUAAGCUCUGAACGCAUACAAGGGAAAAUUAGUAGCGUUUGUACGCACAAUGCGUGAGGAUAUAAUGAUUUUAUUUAUAAAUAUUUUUUAUUUGCUUUACUGAUCAAUAAUUUUAACAUUUUGAUAAAUAUUUUUUUAUAUAAUCUAUCAAUAAACGGUUACAAAAACCACAAUUAUAUCGUACAACUAUUUGUAUCUAUUAAUUAAAUUAAUAAUAAUUAGAAUCAACAACAAAAAAUUAAAAUUUUUAAAUAAAAUAUAUCUAUAAAAAUACAAGUCCUCAUACAUUGAGUUAAUACGUUACUAGAUAUAUGUGUAUAUAAUACCGUGUACGUGUAUAUACAUAUAUGUACACAUGCAUGUCAACAGGAGCUGUAUUUUGUACUGUAAAAAGCUAAGUAUACUCUGGUCGUUGCUGGUGACUAAUUUAAACGAUAUUUGUAAAUCGCGGACAUAUUAAUUGUAUACAUAAAUUUAAAAAAAAAUUAUAUGAUAAUUCAGUAAUCAUUAAAAAAUUUUUUUUUCAUAAAUUGCGUAAUUGUAAUUAUAAUUCAUCUAGGCUCAGUCAUUAGAAAUGAUUUUGAAGUUAACAGACAAUUAACAAUUUUUAGAUUUUUUUUUCAACGAGUCAUUUACAUAAAAAAAAAAAAACUAAAAAUAUGCACAUGUAAAAAAUUUAAAAAACUACAGGUGUAUUUUUUUCAAAUAUUUUUUUUGUAAUUUGUCGUUUUUAAAAAAAUCUUAAAAUUAUUAGUCGGUUAACUUCAGUAUCAUAGUGAGAAAACUAUUUUUUGAGUGUAUGAAAAAAAGAAAAAAAAAUAUGAUCAGUAGACGAAAAAAAAAUUUAUAUGACUCAAAUGUUUUUAUUUAUCAUAAACACUAGACUAGUGUGAUAAUUGAUAAUAAAUAUAUUUGUCCAAUAAUAUUUAAUAAAAUAUAUAAACAGUGGGAUAAUUUGAUCGGUCUAGAUAUGCGUGAUAAUAAAUUUAAAGAAAAACAAUGAGUACACGUGAUUAAGUAAUAAAGUAAUUGUUAUUUGAGAUUAAUAGUUAAGAUUUUUAAAAUCUAUAAUCAAGUAAUUAUUUUUGCGUAAAUCGUGCAAAUGUUUAUUUAAAAUUUUUCUUUAUUAUUCGAAUAGUAAUUUUUAAACGAGUGUAUUUUUUAGUUCGUAUGAAAAUGUGAUGGCAUAAAUUUGUAAAUUAAUACACGAUUUACAAAAACAGUUAUAAUAAUAGUAAGGAAGAAAAAUGAUGAUACAUAGUAAUGAAUAUGGAGAAUAGACUACACUACAAUAAUUAACAAUUUUCUGAUUGUUUUUUCUACAAACCAAUUACAAAAAAAAGAAAACUAAAAAUAUGCACAUGUAGAAAAUUGAAAAUACUGUACGUUUUUUUUUUUAAUAUUUUUUUUUUUUUAUAACUUAUCAUUUUUAAAAAAAUCCAAAAAUUAUUAAACGUCUACUGACUUCAGUAUCAAAAAUUUUCACUAUAAAAUGAAAACAAAAAUUUUUUUAGGCCUGGAAAAAAUUUCUUGGUAUUAAAAAAUUUUUCUUUCCUCAAGAAAAUUUUUUCUCGCCCCAUGAAAAUUUUCGUUUUCAAUUAAUGAUACAAGGAAUUUAUAUAAUACUGAAAUUAGCCAUCUAAUAAUUUUUGGAUUUUUUAUAGAAGGAUAAAUAAUAAAAAAAAAAUAUUUUAAAAAAUUGCACCUAUAGUUUUUAAAAUUUUCUACACAUGCAUACUUAAAAUUUUUUUUUUUAAAUUAAAUUGUUGCAAGAAAAAUUAGAAAAUUGUUAAUUGUCUAGUAACUUCAGGAUCAUGAAUUUAUUGAGUCGAUUAAGAAUUUUUUGUACCGAACUCCAGUCUCCGAAGUAAUGAUGAAACAUAAGACUUAAAAUAGUUAUACCAGCAGCGACAUGUGUAUUUAUUAUCAACAGCCAGGCGUGCCUGAGUUGGUGGAACUGAAGUGUCACGUGUAUUUAUAAUUAAGUAAUAGUUGAGAUGUCAGGUAUCCUGACAAACAAUUAAUUUUUAUAUACACUAAACUCUUUGGGACUGAAUCCGAUUUCAAGCGUUAUAUCGUGUAGAAUUUUUAGUGCGCUAGUGCGUCUGACGAGAUUUGGAGGAUCAAAAAUAAUAAGAAGAGAUAAAUUUUAUUUCGUUAUUUAAUACUGAUGUAAUAAUGAUGGUCUUUGAUAUUAAUCCCAUUUCUUAUACCUAAUAUUAAAGAAUAAUUACUUAAUUAAAAAGCUAUAAAUUUAAUAAUAACACUCUUAGUGAUGUUUAUGAUGAUGUAGAACUUAUUUUAUAAAUUUAAAUAAAAAUUAUGGGAGGAUGUGAGUUUGUAACAUCAA